UGCUUUGGCUGUUCGGCUAUUCGGCCUGUCAGGGUGCGACCUGGUUGGCCUUCUGCUCUAUCAGGCUACUUAUUUCAUACCUGUGGUGCUGCUCCAUCUAGCCGUUCAAUGUUAUGCUCAUUUCCUGGAUUCUAAUGUGGCCCGUCUAAUGUUUGCUUCAGAUAGUUUGUCUGUCGAAGUUGUUGACGGAUCGAAUGUUUGUCUUUCCGAUUUUCCUGCUGGUGUUUACUCUCAUGGUUCUUUGGUCGGUGGUACGUCUUCGCGCCGCCGUCCAAGAGUGGUGCCCUUAUGUGUUGCUGGUGCCUUCGGUCGGCCUACUCCUUUUGGUAAGUUCAGCUUUGUAAAUAUGCUGUACUUUUCUUGGGUUUUAUGUUUUUUUUUUCAAAAUUGGUUCUAAUUUGUGUACGUGGUUGCCAUUUGAGUGUUGGCUACUCCUGUUAUGGAACACUUUCGUGUUUUGCAUGCCCGCCAUAAGCGGACGUUGGUGUGAUCGUACUGGCCCAACGAUGACUCAUUCAUCCAUACAUGACCUAUAUAUUACCAGUUGGACACUCUUGACCAACAUCAACUGAGUACACCACAAUGGACGAAGCUUAUCAUCCCCAGAGAGCGUCCCCCAUGGCCAAGCAAGUUAGGAAGAAGGGCAAACAUCCAGCACUGAAUUUUAAUCAUGGAAGCAGAAGUACCUCGGAUGACAAUCUUAUAGUGUAUAUUCCAAGACGACCAAUGCUUGAAACAGUGAGUGAAACAAUUGGCUUAAAAGUACAAGGGUACACCUGUUGGUACGUUCAUGAAGGCAUGAUACAAGCGUCCAUGCUAAUUGGUCUGCCACAUCAAAAAGAUAGCUUCAGAGAAUCCUCCAUUACAUAUGAAGGAGAAGCAGCUAAUACAAAAGAUGAAGCAAUGGAAAAAUCAGCUCAAGUGGCCUUAGAAUGCAUCUGUGCAGACAAUAAUAUUUCUACCAAUGAUCAUACUUACUAUGCUCUUGAAGUCACAAAAGAAAGGUUGUUUACAACAAGAGAGAAGGCUCAAACAAAGCAAUGGCAAUUUAAUAUGGCUCGCCAGCAAGUAAGCACACAGCAAAACGAGUUUGCAAGACAGACUGAUUUUGGCAAAGAUAUGCAAUGGCUUCUUUGACAUAUUACCACUUCGCAUGUAUCCCCAGCGCCUAGACAACAACGAUCCCAUUACCACAUAUACAGGCGCACAUCCUCCCGUCGGACGUAUGCCAGAACUUGCAAAAUCACUACAUCAUUACAUCACAGGCACCAAUCCUGCAGGAGGAUAUACUAGGAUGAUCUAGCCCACUAGCAGCUACUUUUAUCUUAUCAGUACAACAUCUUUGUAUCUUUACAUGCAGUUCUCUGUUCGCAGCAAACUAUAUGUAGUUUCAAUAAUUUGUUUGCCUCAAGAGUGUGCCACUUUUAAUUUGUAUCUUUGUAUC